AUGCUCGCUGACGCCAACUCCCCCCGGUCCAUCGGUCCAUCCUCGCGGAGCACUUGUCGGAAAGCCGGCCACACAUGCGAUUAUAGCAUUCGACUGAACUGGGACGGUCGCCGCACGAAGCGAACCUCUUAUGAUGCCACCGGCGACGGCCAGCUAUCUUCCCCCACACGGGGUCAGCGCCCGUUUACCAUCAUCAACCAGACCUUUGCAGCCAAUGCCUCGCCCCAGCUCCCGCCGCAGCAGCGGCGCCUUAGCGAGGGGUCCUGGAACGAUGACCAGCUGAUUCCGAAUCGAGCCCCCGAUACUGGGAACGACACCGCCCAACAGCAAGUUCCUGUGAGCCCGAGCAACCACGUGUUCCCUGAAAGAGACUCGCUCCUACUCAGCCCGGUCAACAAUGCGAGCGCCGGAAAUGCGGCGCAAGAGCAAGAGCAGAUGCUAAGGGACAUGUUAAAUCCGAGAACCCAACCUCAUAAGGAGCCUCCAAACUUCAAUGCCCACCAAUUCGUGGUGCCUAUUCCUGAACCUGCCGUGGCUGGUCCCAGCCCUCCCCGGGACUUUGAUAACCUUCUUUUUCGGCAACCUCAGGAGAGAGCCGGAGGAAUCCUUGCCCCUCUCGGGACCCCAUCCACUCUUCAAUCUGCAGGCAGCAUUGUUGCUACUCCUACUCUAGGCGACGAAGGGAAUACGCCCAUCUUCAUGCGCUUCCACCCGCUUGCGAAUCUCGGCCCCCUUGCAUCUCCACUUACACCCAUGACGCCGUCUUCGUACAGCGACGAUGAUCCUCGUGCCGCUCAGCAGACUCCGUCGAAUCCCGCCUCCCCCGACAUCCGCCGGCUUACCGUCAACUCCCUUCUCUCUGGGCCCCCGGGGCCAGUUUACAAUUCCACCGAAGGCCACCUUAUUCGCAACAACGCUGUUCCGGGGUUUGGGCCUGGCUUCGAGUACGACUUCGACCUCUUCGGAGGGGCACGCUUCUAUGGUUAUGAUCUUGGAAAGCGAGACGAAGACCUUCCCAAGAAUGACGAUCGCAACGCCAUCGCCUCGACACCUCCCACGCCUCAAACGCCUCAGGAUCACGCGCAUGAUUUAUUGCAUAGUGCUGGACACGGUGGUGUUGAUGACGCUUUUAAGUUCGAGACGAAGUACAGUGAUCGACCGAGCCGGAAGAGCGGCGGGUACUACAAGGAGCCUGUGCCGAUUAGGAUUCCGCAUAGUCUGGAGCCAUUACCCCGGAAGUCGACUGCAAGAGAAUCCGAUGAAUUUGCUGUUCUCAUGCCGUAUGACGACCAACAGUCGAAUCCGUUCCGUAUCAUUCUUCCCCAGAUGGCUGUCAAGAAUGACCAUCUUCUAAGCCUUCUCUUGGCUUAUUCUGCCUCCCACCGUGCUAGGCUUCUCCACCAAAAGGAACCAGAGAUGCGCAUGGCCCUCUGGGUUCAGGACAUCUUCCCCGCCCUUCGCGAAGCCCUCAGCGACGAUACCCGCAUCAUAUCCAACACCAGCCUCGCCACCGCCAUCAUGCUCGCCUCUCUCGAGAUCAUCUCCCCGAAGGCCUUCGGCUACGCUAUCCCCUGGCAAGAACAUCUCAACCUCGCCCGCGACCUCAUGCGGAAGCGCUUCUCCGGUACCGGGGUCCCCAAGAUUACGCACUCGAGCUCCCAAGAAGACCAAGUGUGCUCCUUCCUAUGGAGCUGGUUCGCCUACCUCGACGUCCUCGGGGGUCUCUCCGGCGGGCCUCGCAAGACCGACUCGUCCCUGAUGCUGCCGCUCGAGUAUACCGACGACCCAGAUGAGAUCGACUGUAUAAUGGGCUUCACGACGCGCUGCGUCCGCCUCCUAGCCGGAACAGCCGACCUCGCCCGCCUCAGCGACGCGCAGCGCAUACUCCCUGGCAACACCGUCAACCAGUACUGGUCGCCCACCCCCGAAACCGUGCAGCGCGCCCACGCCUUGGAGGUUGCCCUCCGCGAAAGCGUAGAGCGUGAAUCUCGCCCCUGCAAGCACAUACCCAUCGAGAACGUCGAUGGGCGAGACCGCGUCGAGAUGACAGCUACCAACGAGGCGUUCCACUGGGCGGGUAUCGCGCAGCUUCAUAGACGUGCGCUGGGGAAACCCGCUUCGCAUCCCGAUGUCCAGGAGCCUGUUUUGAAAAUCAUACAGUGUCUUGGGCGUAUUCGGAAAGGGGGGACGGCGGAGAUGGGGAUAUUGUUUCCCAUGUUCACGGCGGGGUGCGAGACUUCAGAUGAGUAUUGUAGGGCUCAGAUUCUGGAGAGGUUCAGGAGUGUUGAGAGGAAUGGCAUGACACAGAUCCGCAAGGCGAGAGAAUUGAUGGUGAAAGUAUGGAAAGAGGGCCGGCCCUGGGAAACCAUGCUCAAGAAUGAAUUCAUUGGGUGA